AUUUACAUAAAAUCCCUUUAAAAAGAUGUUACAAGCAAUUCUGGUCGCGAUUCUAUACCAAAAUUUCUUGAGCCUUAACCCUAAUUUCGAUUACGACGAUACUCUCUGAUGGCGAACGAUAAGCAGAUCGAAUCUCACCACCGCAAGCAUCACCGUUCAUCUUCGUCGUCCGAUGACACUGAAAAAGCAUCGAAACGACACAAGCAUCGUCAUCACAAGCAUCAUCACCACAGGCAUCGCCAUCACCGAGAUAAGAAGCGCGAAAAUGAAAUUCCAUCCGCCGGCGAUGAGACAGAGAUAUUGGAUGUUACUCCGGCGGCUCCAAUUGUUGUUAGUAACGGCUGUGAGGAGGAGGAUGUGGAGGAAGGAGAGAUUUUAGAAGAAGAUGGGAUUGGUGAUGUUUUGAUGAAGACGGCAGAUUCCGACGGCGAAUCAGGCGAAAUCAAAUUUGAAGAUAAUAAUCUGCCUCCACUUGGGGAAAAAGGGCGUCAAGGAGAAGAAAAGAGUUCUAAUGGUGUUCUAACUCGUGAAUCUGAAAGGGAGGAUAAGAGGUGGGAUAAAGAAGCUGGAGGUCCUUCAGAGAGAGUUAGUAAAUUAAGUUAUGAUAAUGGCAGAAGUUCGUUUUCUCCGUCAAACAGCAGGCAGUCUAACGAAGGCCGUGCCCGGAGUAGAUCUAAGUCACAUGAUCGGGAGAGAGAAACUUCUAGGUCAAGGUUUGCGGAGGAUGAGUUUUCGGACAGAGGAAGACAUCAUGAUUCUAGUAGGGAUUAUCAUCAUGACAGAGUUGACUCAGUUAGGACUGAGGAAAGAUAUCAUCGACGUGGGCGAUAUGAGGAAAAUGACAGGCAAUAUAGUCGAGAAGUCUUGGAAAGAGAUAGAAGUAAGGAGAGAGAUAUGGACAGGGAGGGAAGCAUAAGAGAUAGGGAUUCGGAAGGAAGUAAGCGGAGAGAUAAAGAUAGUGAUCGGAGGAGGGAAAGAGAACGAGAGAAGAGAAGGGAGAUAGAGUCUGACCGUGAAAGACGAAAAGAGAAGGAACGAGAGCGCAGCAUUGAUAGGGAUAGGAGAAAGGAGAGGGAAGGAGAUUAUUUACGGGAUAGAGCCAAUGAGAGAGGUAGGAGUAGAGAUAGAACCAGGUAUAACAGCAGAGAGAGGAAGAGAGAAAAGGAAAGGGAGGGUGAAAAAGAUUGGGAGAGAGGAAGAGAAACCCAGAAAGAUAGGGAGAAGUACAUAAGUAGUGAUGUGGACUACGGUGAGAUGAGGCACAAACAGUCUAGAAACACAAGAUAUGAUGCGGUAGAUGACCUAGAAAUGAGAAAGCCAAAUUCUUUGAAGGCCCAUAAUUCUAAGGGUGAUAAGUUAGAAGAAACGUGGGCCAAUGAUGAAAGGUCCCGAAAUGAGGAUGGUCAAGAUGAUAAUGACGAAGGACUUACAUGGAAAUCUCCUGAGGAAGAAGAAGAAGAAUUACUAAAUAGAAUCAAGGAAGAGAGCAGGAAGCGAAUGGAAGCCAUACUGGAGAAACAUAAGAGGAAGCCCGAGCAGCAAAAUGAACUUUUAACUCAGGAUAAUGGGAAAGAUAUUGUUCCAGAAACUGGUGCUCCAGUGUCGACUUCUCCUGCAGUUGUCAUAGCAGCUAAUGUAGGCCAGGCCAAAACUAACUUGGACUUUGAUACUGUCGCUGCCAAGGCACCAUUAAUAGCCGGUGGGCCACCUACUAUGUCUGGAAUUUCAGACUCAGAGAAGAAUCAAGCUCAAGCGGGGCUUGGUGAAGGUAGCCCGAAGAGUGAAAGGUCAGCUGACAUGUUUCAUGAUGAUAUCUUUGGAGAGUCCCCGGCUGGUAUCCGAAAAGUGGGAGGGAAAGGUGAUGGUGUUCCCAUGGUGAGGAGCGGGCUUCAUGAUAAUUGGGAUGAUGCAGAGGGUUAUUAUAGCUAUCAGUUUGGCGAGUUACUUGAUGGUAGAUAUGAAGUCAUUGCUACUCAUGGAAAAGGUGUCUUCUCUACUGUGGUUCGUGCUAAAGACUUGAAAGCUGGACCAGCUGAACCUGAAGAGGUGGCAAUAAAAAUUAUCCGUAACAAUGAGACGAUGCAUAAAGCUGGAAAGAUUGAGGUUCAAAUAUUGAAGAAGCUGGCAGGCGCUGACCGAGAAGACAGGCGCCACUGUGUUCGAUUUCUUUCAAGCUUUAAGUACCGUAAUCACCUUUGCUUGGUGUUUGAGUCGCUCCAUUUGAAUCUUCGUGAGGUCUUGAAGAAGUUUGGUCGCAACAUUGGUCUCCAACUCUCUGCUGUUAGGGCUUAUUCAAAGCAGCUAUUCAUUGCUCUUAAACAUCUGAAGAAUUGUGGGGUACUUCACUGCGAUAUAAAACCUGACAACAUGCUGGUCAAUGAGGGGAAAAAUGUCUUAAAGCUUUGUGAUUUUGGUAAUGCAAUGUUUGCAGGCAAAAACGAAGUUACACCGUAUCUUGUUAGUCGCUUUUACAGAUCCCCUGAAAUUAUUCUGGGGCUCACCUAUGACCAUCCGUUGGAUAUAUGGUCUGUUGGCUGCUGUCUGUAUGAGCUUUAUAGUGGAAAAGUUCUUUUCCCUGGCGCCACAAACAAUGAUAUGUUACGCCUUCAUAUGGAACUGAAAGGUCCCUUCCCUAAAAAGAUGCUUCGCAAGGGAGCAUUUAUUGAUCAGCACUUUGAUCAUGACUUGAACUUUUAUGCUACAGAGGAAGACACCGUUAGUGGAAAGCUGAUAAAAAGAAUGAUCGUAAACGUGAAGCCGAAAGAUUUUGGUUCCAUCAUUAAAGGUUACCCUGGUGAGGAUCCCAAGAUCUUAGCUCAUUUCAGGGAUCUCUUGGACAAAAUGUUCAUCCUUGAUCCCGAGAGGAGACUGACUGUGUCACAGGCAUUAGCUCACCCAUUCAUCACUGGCAAGUGAAACCACAUUGCCAUUUUCCCUCUCUGUUGUAUCAGGAAAUGCUGUUGUCCUAGAUAUCUGUACAUUAAAUAUCUUAAUUACCAUUGAAGGAUCUAAUCUUUGAAUUUUCUCUACCUUCCCUCUGCUGCCUGAGAGAGCUUUGGUUACAAUGUCGACAUGGGUGGAGUUCUCAUUACCGACGAUUCUCAGGGGACUUUACUGGUUCUCUAUUGACAUCGACCAAUGCUUAAAGACACUCCUUAACAUCUUUCAAUGCUUUAAUGGCACACAGGAGAAGGUUUUGCUUGGAGGGGAGAGAGAGCUGCUGCACAAGGAAAACAUACAAGGGCUUUUCCUCUCUCCUCCUGCAAAUUUGGUAAGUAUCUUGAGCUUUAUGGCCAAUCUGUGUUGCUGUGGAUGUUCUUUUUUGUUCAUAGUCGUUCAGAUAACUUGCCUUUAGGUUUUCAUUAACACUAAAGUUUUCUUUUGGGAGUCAAGGUUAGAAAGGAUUUGCGUUGC